GGAACCAGUACUUAGUUUGCUCAGCCUAAUAAUAUCCGAUACGAAAUCACUUUAGGCGAUUUUGACUUUAUUCGGGUCCAAUGGGUUGGACUAUAGGCUACUAGGUUAAGGCAUGGGAACCUGAGAUACGGUCUCUGUAGAGUAGGCUACAGACUGUAGAAAUCCGCUAUGGCAACUGGAGAAAGAGAGGAAAAAAAAAGGAAAAAGACUGACAAUAUGGCGCACUGUGCUUGAGAAAACUUUGUGCAACGCACACAAACCACAUAUGAUCUUGCGUUUGAUACCGUUUGUAGACACUCGUGCAGUUGAUCAACACCGUUUUUUGGAAAGAGUCGAAGACUUUUGAGUUUAAAACUAGACUGUGUCCAUGAAGCUGGUCUAUAACGGGAUGAAAGAGCCCGUUUCAAAAACCGAGUAGCAUACAACACAGACAGGAUGGAGAGGCAAGCGACUUUAAAGGAAAAGUUUUCGAUCUUCGGCUCUCGCACGGUGGGCCGAGCCCAGCGCCGCGUGCCGGAGGAGGGGCCGGGUGGUGGGCUCAGCAAGGCCGAGUUCAUGGACAAGGUCCGCCAGAGCCACGAGGCGUGCCAGCGAGGGGACUUCCAGGGAGCCGUGAGCCUCUACAGCGAUGCCCUGCGGGCCGACCCGCAGAACUGCAUCCUCUACAGCAACCGCUCUGCCGCCCUCCUCAAGCUGGGACGCCACCAGGCCGCGCUGGACGACGCCUCCACAGCCCGCUCGCUCAACCCCAAGUGGCCCAAGGCAUACUUCCGACAGGGUGUUGCCCUUCAGUACCUUGGUCGCCAUGCCGACGCCCUGGCUGCCUUCGCCUCAGGCCUGGCACAAGACCCCAAAAGCCUGCAGCUCCUGGUGGCAUGGUGGAGGCCGCCAUGAAGUCCCCCCCUAAGAGAGUCUCUGGAGCCGACCUACCAGCAGCUGCAGAAGAUGAAGCUGGACAAGAGUCCGUUCGUGGUGGUGUCCGUGAUUGGCCAGGAGCUGCUGACGGCCAAUCACCACACGGCGUCCGUGGUGGUGCUGGAGGCGGCACUGAAGAUCGGCACCUGCAGCCUCAAGCUGCGAGGCUCCGUCUUCUCCGCCCUCAGCAGCGCACACUGGUCGCUCGGCAACGCCGAGAAAAGCACAGGCUACAUGCAGCAGGAUCUGGAGGUGGCCAAGACCCUAGGUGACCAAACAGGAGAAUGCCGUGCCCAUGGAAACCUGGGCUCAGCGUUCUUCUCCAAGGGGAACUUCCGUGAGGCCCUGACCAAUCACAGGAACCAGCUGGUCCUGGCCAUGAAGCUGAAGGACAGGGAGCUGUACCGGGCGUCCGCUCUGUUUGAGACCAUCCGCCACGAGGCGCAGCACAGCACCGACUACAAGCUGUCCCUGUUCGACCUGCAGACGUCGUCCUACCAGGCGCUCCAGAGGGUCCUCGUCAGCCUCGGGCACCACGACGAGGCGCUGGCGGUGGCGGAGCGCGGACGGACGCGGGCCUUCGCCGACCUGCUGGUGGAGCGGCAGACAGGCCAGCAGGACUCGGACCCGUACGCCCCCGUCACGGUGGAGCACAUCCUGGACACGGUCACCAGCCACCGCGCCCUGGUGCUCUACUUCUCCAUGGCGGCCGGGUACCUCUACAGCUGGCUGCUCGCCCCCGGGGCUGGUAUCCUGAAGUUCCACGAGGUGUACCUGGGGGAGGGCGUGUCCGAGGGCGGGCCAGACUUCCAGGAUGGCGGCGGCGGAGGUGUUGUCAGCGGCUCAUCUCUGGAGCAGCACAUCGCCAGUGCUCGGGAGGCUCUGGGAGUGGAGUCCUACUACAGCAGGGGGGGCUCCAGCAGCGAGACGGAGAGCGAGGCCGGGGAUCUGCUGGAUCAGCAGUUUGAGGAGCUCAACAACAAGCUCAACUCCGUCACCGACCCCACAGGCUUCCUACGCAUGGUGUCCAGGAACAACCUGUUCAACAGGAGCUGCCAAAGCAUGACCAGCCUGUUCAGUAACACCAUGUCUCCAGCUAAGGAUGGCUCCCUGCCUCGGCGCUCCAGCGGCCUGGGAAAGCCCCCCCUCAGAGCCCUCUACGACCUGCUCAUCGCUCCCAUGGAGGGGGGCCUGAUGCACUCCAGUGGGCCGGUGGGCAGACACAGGCAGCUGGUUCUGGUUCUGGAGGGAGAGCUGUACCUCAUCCCAUUCGCUCUGCUGAAGGGCAGCUCGUCUAACGAGUAUCUGUACGAGCGCUUCAGCCUCAUAGCUGUGCCCUCCAUCCACGGCCUCGGAGCCAACGCCAAGACGCACCCACGCCGCGCCGGCCCCGCCUCCUGCGGCGGCGUAUCCAUGGCAGCGGUGGUGGGCAACCCCCGGCUGCCGUCCUCGGUGAUGGACCGCUGGCUGUGGGGCCCCAUGCCCUCGGCCGAGGAGGAGGCCCUGAUGGUGGCAGAGCUGCUGGGAUGCCAGCCCCUGGCCGGACCCGCCGCCACCAAGGAGAGGGUGAUGAGCUCCCUGACCCAGGCCGAGUGCGCCCACUUCGCCACCCACAUCUCCUGGAAGCUGGCUUCCCUGGUGCUGACGCCCAACCCCGAGGGGGGCCCGGGCGGGUCCGCGGGGGCCGGGGUGGGCGCCGCGGGCCGGGGGGCGGGUGCUGGGCGUGGGGGCAGCGGGGGGAGGGGCAGGAAGGGCUCUCUGGGGAGCAGUUACACCAUCCCGGAGGGCCUGCACCUGCAGGAUGACGGCAGUGACGUGGAGAGCAUCUGUGACAGCCCUCCCCUGCAGGAGUUCCUGCUCAGCGCCGCAGACAUCCUGGACCUGCGCCUGCCCGUCAAACUGGUGGUGCUGGGGUCCUACCAGGAGUCCAGCAGCAAGGUGACGGCAGACGGUGUGGUGGGCCUGACCCGGGCCUUCCUGGCGGCAGGGGCCCAGUGCGUGCUGGUCUCCCUGUGGCCCGUGCCUGUGGCUGCCUCCAAGGUGUUCGUCCACGCCUUCUACACCGCCCUGCUCAACGGCACCAAGGCCAGCGCCUCACUGGCGGACGCCAUGAAGACGGUCCAGAGCAGCAAGCAGUUCUCGCACCCCUCAAACUGGGCAGGGUACAUGCUGAUUGGUAACGACGUGAAGCUGAACAGUCCCUCGUCUCUGAUUGGUCAAGCCCUGGCGGAGAUCCUCCAGUAUCCAGACAGAGCGAGAGAUGCUCUCCGUGUCUUACUGCAUCUUGUGGAGAAAUCCCUCCAGAGGAUCCAGAACGGCCAGCGUAACUCCAUGUACACGUCCCAGCAGAGCGUGGAGAACAAGGUGGGCGGCGUCCCAGGCUGGCAGGCCCUGCUGACCGCUGUGGGCUUCCGGCUGGACUCUGCCGGCCCCGGCAUCCCUGCUGCCGUGUUCUUCCCCACGGCAGACCCAGGAGACAGGCUGCAGCACUGCAGCACAACCCUGCAGUCUCUGCUGGGUCUGCCUCCCCCAGCGCUCCAGGCUCUGUGUAAACUCAUCACUGCCUCCGAGGCCGGGGAGCAACUCAUUAACAGGGCUGUUAAAAACAUGGUGGGGAUGCUCCACCAGGUGCUGGUUCAGCUCCAGACUGGGGAGAAGGAGCAGGACUUCUCCCUGCUUCCCAUCCAGGUGUCCAUCAGCGUCCAGCUGUGGAGGCUCCCAGGCUGCCACGAGUUCCUGGCUGCUCUCGGGUUCGAUCUGUGUGAGGUGGGCCAGGAGGAGGUGGCGCUGAAGACAGGCAAGCAAGCCAACCGUCGAACCAUGCACUUUGCCCUUCAGUCCUUGUUGGCACUCUUUGACUCCACAGAGCUACCCAAGCGGCUCAGCCUGGAUAGUUCUUCCUCCCUGGAGUCCCUGGCCUCCGCCCAGUCCGUCUCCAACCCCCUGCCCAUGGGCUACCCCAGCCUGCCCUUCUCCCCUCCCUGCCUGGACAACCUGGCCUCGGACGCCAUCUCCGUCUACAGCCUGAGCUCGGUGGCCUCCACCAUGAGCUUCGCAUCCCGGUCCGAGUGCGACUUCCUGGGCCACCGGCCCCGAGGCGGGGCCUCCGCCCACUUCUCCGUCCACAAGCACCCCCACGUGUCCCGCAGCCGCUCCUCGCCGCACGGGGCUGCGGCGGCGGCGGCCGGCGGCUCGGGAGGAGGCGGCAGCGGGGGAGGGAGGGGGGAGGAGGAGGAGUACGAGGGCUUCUCCAUCAUCAGCAGCGAGCCGCUCGGGAGCCACUGUGACUCCCUGCCGCUGCCGCCGGGUCACGGGCAGCGGCACCUCCGCGGGGGGCGGGGGGUCGGCGGGGGGGCCUGCUCGGCCGCCGGCCGGGGCUACGCCGUGUCGGUGUCGUCGCGGGGCAGCGUCAGCACCCCCACCUCCCCCGUCAAGAGCAACCUGGUGCCCAGCCCCAACUCCCCCUUCCAGAAGGUGGGCAAGGUGAGUAGCUCCGACACCGGCGAGUCCGACCAGUCCAGCACCGAGACCGACAGCACCGUCAAGUCCCAGGAAGAGAAGACCACGGUUCCCCUGGACCCCCAGGAGCUGGCCCAGAAGAUCCUGGAGGAGACCCAGAGCCACCUGAGGGCGGUGGGCAGCCUCCAGAGGGCCGGGGCUGGGGCCGGGGCCGGGGCUGGGGCCGAGGGCGCCGCCGCGGGGUCCCCCUCCGGGAGAAGCACCGCCUUCCGCUCCUCGGAGACCAGCGCUUUCAGCCGGCCAGGAAGCAGCGCCAGCGGGCGUGUCCAGUCCUCCCCCCGCCCUAAACCCCCCUCCCGCUCCUCCUCCCUGCAGAAGAUCAGCUCCGGCUACAACAGCCCAGCUGUCUCCGAGUCUUCCCAAAGGGAGGGGAGCCACCCGUCCCCCACCCUGGACAGCCACGCCCAGUUCAAGCUGAAGUACCCCAGUUCCCCGUACAGCGGCCACAUCUCCCGCUCGCCCAGCAACGUGUCCCCCAGCUCCGGGCACCAGUCCCCGGUGGGCAGCGCCCCGUCCCCUGCCCUCUCUUACUCGUCCACCGGCUCGGCCUGCUCCAGCUCUGCCGACGUGCCCGACCUGGACCGCCUGAGGAGGGGCAUGAUCGACGAGAAGGUCCAGGCCAUCCACAACCUGAAGACCUUCUGGGCCAACGCGGCCGGCCAGCACCAGCCUCCGCACCUGGGGCCGGUGAGGGCCAUGAGGGGCCCUCACGCCGGGGGGGCCUCCAAGAGAGACGUGCUGAGCCUGCUCAACCUGUCCCCUCGACACUGUUCCCCCGCCGACGCUCAAGACAGCCUGGAGCUGAGAGAGAUGGGGCUGCCGGGGGGGAAGAGCUCCACCAACGGGCACCACUGCUCCAACCCCAGGAAGGUUGCUCCCUCGCCCCCCAUCUCCACUAGCAGCACCCCCGGCACUCGCUCCAUCAGACUUCCUGCCGGUAACGGAUACAAGUUCCUGUCCCCUGGCAGGUUCUUCCCUUCGUCGAAAUGCUGAGACACUUUAAGACGGUCCACUAAACUUUUACCUACCACUUGUUAUCCUGUUUAUUGGGGGAGUGGGGCACUUUUGGAGGGUCACUAUUGGCCCACCCAACUUGAUUGACAAUGAAAAGGGUUGGAUAAGCCAAUGGCGGUGAUCCACGGGAGGAUGAUGAAUGCAUAGAACGUGUUGUUGUCGUUGUACCCAUAACACUGUAAAUGGCGAUGAGAAAGACUCAAAGACCUGAUACUGUGUUUGUGUGUAUGUUUGUGUCAGGUAGAUGUAAAUGCCAAAUGGGUAUUUCCUCCAAAAUAUUUGCUAUUUGUGCGUGGGUCAAGAUGCAACAGCUCGAACUGGUGUCAUUCAUUCUACUUUUGUUUUCAAUCUAAAUAUAAUUGUUAUUAUUAUUAUUGUUUGUUAUUGUUAUUAUUAUUAUUCAUGUUUAAUUAUUAUUAUUAUUAUUGUUUUGUAAAUUAAAUCCAGUGUUUCACAAUCAGUAUUAAGCGUUUUUAUAUUAAUAAAAAAAUGAACAAACAUGUACCAUGUCAAGAUGGAAAGAGUGGAAAAAAAAGAUUUAAUAUUUUUUAUUGAAAUCACAAGGGGCAUUUUGCCUGAUUUCUAUGUGAAUUGAGUGUCAGCUCCUAAGCAUGGAUUUUCUUGCUAUUCAAUGUUAAGUACCAUGUAUGACUUUUUAGCUCAUGAUUUUUUGAAAUUAAACAUGAAAUUUCAUGACAACCAUUCUCUUAUCAUUUAUCAGUAAAACUGUUUCAAUAAAAAAAACAU